ACUCGACUUCAUCGAUGACAUCCUCCGUGAACAUAAAUGCCAGAGCAUCUUGUGUGGUUUGUCUGCUAAACGUUUCCACGACUGACAAAAUUUUGCCACUUCGUUCUCACAUUAAGUACUGAAACAUUUUUGCCGCGACCUGACGACGGCGACAAUUGUGUUUAUAGCAGCUAAGCCCAAGGUCUCCCGCGCACAAAAAUCGUACUCGUAUUCGUAGUCGGAUCUGAACUGGGCCCUACUUUUACAGCUUGUUUGCGUUAAUUUGUUGCUAAUUAAAUUCGUAUGUAAGCGGUUGAGAAAAGACCUCUUUCUACUCAACGAACACCGACAUCUUAUUAUGCUGAUGGCAAAAAUGUUUUCUCGUCUGCGGUGCGUCUGUGGAUUUGGCUCUCCAUGUCAGCGUUUAUUUAAUCCUUCUUCAAAGCGUUUAAGGGUAAAUUUUGCUUCGACGGCUCACCUCAAAAGUCCUGUGCCUACUGUGCUAAGCCUUCGAGAGACAGAAAGUGAUGGGACAUUACAUGUAACAUGGAACGACAACAGAGUAAACCGUUAUCCGUUUGUCUUCCUUCGCGACAUCUGUCGAUGCCCUGAAUGCUUCCACGAGUCUUCACUGCAACGAAGAUUCGAUACAGUGGGCCAGUUGAGGAUGGACAUUCAACCAAAACGUGUCGAUAUUUUGCAAAGUGGUACACAAAUUGCUGUCACUUGGCCAGAUGAACAUGUCAGUGUGUUUGAUUCUGAGUGGCUCCACUCCCGGCGCUUGGCCGAGAAGUCGCAAGAAGCUGAGGCUCAAGAAGACCCAACGCUUAACAAGGCCGGUGUAAUUUUUUGGAACGCUGAACAGCUUCAAGACAAGAUACCUCGUCAUGACUUUCAUGAGGUGAUGGAAGAUGACUACAAACUGUAUGAGUGGUUGGUUUCACUUCAUAGCUUAGGAAUUGCACUUGUAACAAACACUCCUCUGCAAACUGGGGAAUGCUUUAAAUUGUGCAGUAGAGUUGGAUUUUCAAAAACCACCCAUUACGGCCAUAGUACCGACGUACGGGCCAAGUUUGACGCUAACAACCUGGCUUAUACCACAGACGGCAUUCCUCUUCAUGGUGACCUGCCUUAUUUGGACUAUCAGCCCGGGGUACAACUUCUUCACUGUAUCGAGCAGGUGUCGAGCGAAGGUGGCGUUAAUCAGUUUUCCGACGGAUUUCACGCUGCAAAGACACUGAAAGAAAUUGACCCAGAGUCUUUCAAGCUGUUGUCUACCACUCCAAUUCAAUUCAGGGACCGUGGCAAGGACGUGUUUGGUGAUUUUCACAUGAAAUCCUCUCAUGCCACAAUAGAGUUGGAUGACAAUGGCAAAUUGAGCGGACUCGCUUUAAACGAUACUGCACGCGACUCCUUCAUGAAUCUUCCCCCGGAGAAAGCUGUGGAACUGUACGAAGCUUACCUCAAGUAUGGUCGAAUUCUCAGAGGUCCGAUCAAUCAAAUAGAAUAUAAAAUGGUGCCUGGUGAUGUGAUAUCGUUCAACAACAAGCGCGUAUUUCACGGUAGAUCCGCCUUCCAACUCACCGAGACAUCAGGCCGCUUCCUUGAGUUAGUUUACAUGGACUGGGAUACGAUUAAUUCAAAGCUGAGAGUUCUUACCAAACACUUUAAUAUACCAUUCGGAUUGUAAAAAAAUUAUAUAUAGUAUAUAGUAGCAUAUAGCAGUUAGUAGAUUGUCGAAUUGUAGAGAACACCUCCUUCUUCCCUUGAUAAGUGGUAUUUCUUGCGAGGCUUUCAAAAGCUAUGGCACCUUGUACCAAAUUUCGAACGUUACUCGGUAAACUAUUUGAUGCUAAAAAUAGAAAUUUAUUGAGCAUCUUUUUUUUCACGCUCAAUACUCUUGACAUUGCUUAUCUCUGGAAUUUCGAGGACACUUGUCACAGGUCUAGUUCAUGAGUUGGCUCAUUGGUAGUAACGUAGAAUUUAGUGCAAAGUAAAUGCUCGCUGGUUGUUAAUAGGAUAAAAGGAUGGUAAGAACCCUUAUUACUUAAUUUUACUUAAGCGCCCCUUUUAUACAUAGAGUUUCGAACAUCAAAGAACGUACUCUUCCGUAAACAUUGAAAUAAUUGAAUAGGAAC